GAGACUCCUUGACUUUGUUGAAGUCUGAAUGUUGCUGGUGUGUGUUCGUGGAGGACGUAGGACUUGUAUUCGACUGAGACUUGAGAAAACAAACCAAAUAUACAUUUAAUUCUGCUUCAACCUAGAGGGAGACUAAAGUAUUUAUCUCAUUUUCAUGCGGUUCUCUGCUAGUCGACUUUGUAUGGAUUUGCGCGCCUAAAAUGUGUCGUUAGUUGUUUGAAGGCGAUCUGUUUGUGACAGCUGAAAGUGGACAGAGUCGGGUUUUUUUUUGGUUUGUUUUUUAAAUUAAGUUUUGGAUGAAGUCAGGGCAGAAGACGGGAGGCGGCCAUGGGAGGCUCUGACGUCCGACUGUGGACGCUGUCAGCUGGGAUGCAAAGUGCACCCGAGCCGCGCCGUUGGACGCCAUGAAAGCGGAACCAAAGUGCACCUGACUUGUUUCAGAAGUGUCCCCCGCCAUGUACUCAUCCUCCUCGGCCAGGAAGCUGACGCUGUGUGAGGCCCUGACCUUUGUCUUGCUGCUUGUUGUUCCCGUCUGCCUGUCCUCUCUGCAGAACGCCUCCUGGGUUUCUGCGUGGGGUCCUUACAGUGAAGCCUCGCUGGGCCGUCCGGCACGACCCCGACGCCAACUGCACUUUAGGAACGAAUGGGCAAGCUGGAGCGCCUUUUCUGUGUGCUCACGAAGUUGUGGGGGUGGUGCUUCCGUGCGUACGCGAACCUGCGUCACCAGAUACCCAGUGGGUGGACCAUGUGCAGGGGAUCCCAGACAGUACAAGAUCUGCAACACCAAGGAGUGCCCUCCAGGCUCAGAAGACUUCCGAGAGAUGCAGUGUGCUGCUUUCAAUGGCAGACAGUUGGUGGCAGGGAACUCAUUCAGAUGGAAAACUUUUCAUGGAGGCGCCAACCCCUGUGAGCUCAGCUGCUUGGCCUUGGGUCAUAACUUCUACUACAACUUUGGUCAUGUGCUCGACGGCACCGCCUGCGACAAAGAGCCUGGAGCCGUGUGUGUCAACGGACGCUGUCUGAAGCCUGGCUGUGACUCCAUCUUGGGUUCCAAGCAGCAGGAAGACGCCUGCAUGGUCUGUGGAGGGAAAAACACCACCUGCCUUCAUCACAGGAGUAUUUACCAGAGCAACGGCCUGGAGGCAGGUGGACCUUUUGGAUACAAUGAAGUAGCCAAGAUACCAGCUGGAGCCACUCACAUCCGAGUCACGGAAAACAGCAGGAAUUAUCUCGCUCUUCAGAAUGGUCGUGCCCAGUUUGUCAUCAACGGUAACUGGAAAAUCAGCAUCCCGGGGGAGUACAGUGUGGCUGGCACCAAACUUCUGUACCGGCGGUCAGCUGACACCUGGGAGAGCUUUGAAGUCCCAGGUCCAACCCAGGAAGAUUUACGUCUAAUGGUUCUGGCCACUGACAAAAACCCAGGAAUUGAGUACGAGUACUGGUUACCGCCAGACCAGUACAACCUCCACCAUGGGAGGAGAAGCCCACUACGUCAGACUCACCUCUCUGCCAGCUACCUACCCCGGGAACAACUAACCACCACGACAACAACUACCACAACUAUCACUACUCGGCCUCCCCAAGUCACCACAAGUCCCCACUGGUCAGCAUUCAGAAGGCCUGUGAAGGCACCACGCCAACCUGCACACGCCAUCCUGCCUCGCCUGGAAAGAGAGGAGAGCCACAGGAACCGCCUACCUCAGCCCUCGCCUGGAAGGAAUUGUGGGAAAUGUCGACGAGUUAAAGGUCGAAGAGAGCGCCAGAAGCAGUAUUGCCAAAAAGAUUUUGUUUUCCGUGCCAGAGUCCUGGGGAAGCUGUACAGAGGAGUGGAGACGCGUUACGACGUCCAGAUCCUUCACACGUACCGUAACACCUUCCGCCUGGAGCACCGGGAGUUCCUGUGGGCCCCCAGCCUGUGCGACUGCCCCCACCUGGAGCGAGGCAAGCAGUACAUACUGAUGGUGCGCCGACACGUCAACUACGAGCGUACGCUGAACCGCAUCCUGCUGGAGGAGGACAGCUACGUGGUGCCGUACAGACCCCGGGAGGACCAGCUGCUGCGGCCUCUGGAGACCCUGUGCAGCAACACGGGACCCGCACGUGCUGGGACUUCGCACCCGGCUUAGAGGGCUUCGGCCUUUGCCGAGCAGGACCUUCAUUGUCUGCUGCCGCUGAAGGUAAACCACACGUGGACGGAGGUCUCCACCCAUAGAAACCAAAGAGACUCCAUGUUUAUUUAAACGCCUGCAUGGCUGACUGUGUAACAUUAAGAGCACUUUAGGUGAGGCCUGCUCUGCUGCCACCUGCAAACCUUUGCCAAAAAGCAUUUACUCAAAAAUGCUGGUUUGAUAAAUAUAUUGCAUUUUAUACCAUAUUAUUUUUUUGUGUAAGAGGAAAAUCCACCUCAGCACUAUUACUGUACACCUAAAGUACCAUUUAAAAAUGGUUCAUAACAUUUUGCAUCAAAUUAUUUAUUAUGUAAUGUCUGAUCGUGUAGUCCAGUGAUUAUCAAACUUUGGGGUGGAUAAACUACGGCGGACAGGCCACAUGCAGAACCUUGGUCCCUUUAAUCCAAAUAUUGUAACAGAAUUGAGCAAAGAUCUGUUUUGAGAAAUUGCCACAACAAAACUGGCAAUUCUCAAAACUUAAAGGCACUGGCAAAAAAUGGGUGAUCAACAACACAGUUUCCACUAAAUGAGAAUGUAACCCUUUAAUUCCAUUUUUAUGUUUCUUUGAUGUUCUGAUACGAUAUUGUUGAAAAUAGAUGUACAAACCCUGUUUCCAUAUGAGUUGGGAAAUUGUGUUAGAUGUAAAUAUAAACAGAAUACAAUGAUUUGCAAAUCCUUUUCAACCCAUAUUCAAUUGAGUGCACUACAAAGACAAGAUAUUUGAUGUUCAAACUCAUAAACUUUAUUUUUUUUGUUGCAAAUAAUCAUUAACUUAGAAUUUCAUGGCUGCAACACAUGCCAAAGUAGUUGGGAAAGGGCAUGUUCACCACUGUGUUACAUCACCUUUUCUUUUAACAACACUCAAUAAACGUUUGGGAACUGAGGAAACUAAUUGUUCCUGAGCUCAUGUGGUGAUAUCCUUUAGAGGUUGAUGUCUGUUUUUG